AUGGCUGCAGUCCAGCGAAUGACCCGGAAACUGUCUGAGGAACGGGCCGCUGUACUGGCCAAAGAAGCUGUUGAGCUGUCCCUUGCUGGUGACAAAGUGCAAGCUUCUCGAAAGUUGAGAGAGGCAGCCGCUCUCGGCCAUGACAUUCCUGAUGUUCAGGAGGCCUUUCUGGCCAUCCACAACGACCAGCUCAAUUCGCCGCUCCUAGACCUAUGUCGGAGGUAUGCUCUUUAUCAUGACAACCGCGCAGGAGAAGAAGCCGUCAACUACCUGCGAAGUCCGGAAGCCUCCAACGCCGACUCGGUCGCCUUGGAAUGUCUUCGAAUCAUCCUUGACAGUCAGCCAGUCCCUAAAAUGUCCAAUGCACAGAAUUUCAUCAUUGCCGAACUCGCCCGGCAAAGCCCUGCAGUGAGGCAAUAUAUCGCCUCCGAGUUGGAACAAUCAACCACCAAGUUUUUUGAUAAUGUCUACGACCGGGGUGAUGACGCGGCUAACUGCCUUCGAUCCGUCGUCCUGGAUGAUAAACUAUGGCCCGCCGAGGAAGUGCGGCUCCGCGUGGAAGACGAUUUGUUUCAGUUGUUUCUUGCCAAACUCAUGGAAAGUGGCCAUGAUCAUGAUGGCAGAGCGCUUAAAGGCAUCGCUCUUCUACUUAUGGCCGAUACUCAUCGAUUACAAUCCUUCAUCGAUGAGGAGGCUUUCGAAGCUCUAAUGAGUUCCCUGGAUUUGAGACUGCCUGCUGAUGUCCGUGGCCAAGCCACCCUUGUUCUCUCCAAAUUCUUUGAAGUCGCCAACACUACGGGACAAGAAUACUUAUACAGGUAUAUCAAAACCCACGCCGAGCGCCAGAAAGGUGACGACCUCAUUCUAGCCUUUUCGGCGGCCGCCAAUUUGUUCCCCGUCAUUCCCACCAUGAUGGCUCAGCUUUUCUUGACUGAUGGAUUUCUGGCCUCUAUCAUGCCACUUCUCGAAAAACAAUCCGGCAGUUCCAAGGUGCACGACGCGUUUCUCAUGCUGCUGAACGCUGCAUGCAUUGACGGGGCGUGCCGCACAGCGAUUGCACAGUAUUGCUCAAAGUGGUUGUCACACAAAGUCAGUAACGGGACGGGCAAACAACCAUCAGUGGCAGCGACCGUGUUGGCCAAACUAAGGACGUCGGGGGUGAAGGCGGGAGAUCAGAGAGCCAACAAGGCGGAUGAUGAUGUUAGUGAGCUUGUCGAUUUGUUUAAAAAGACUCUUGUUGUGGAUGAAGAAGGCCGCAGCGUGUCUGACUCGAUUGAAGGUCUUGCGUAUACAUCUUUGAAACCCGAGGUGAAAGAAGCGCUCGCCACCGACAAGAAUUUUCUCAAAUCUCUGCUCCACACUCUCGAAGCCAAUAUUGAAUCCCCGGAGAUCAUUGUCGGUGGAUUGAGCAUCCUUUCGAAUCUUACUCAAUAUGCGCCGGUCCUGUCGGAAGAACAGAAGAAAAUGUCCCAGCUCAAAGCUUACGCCAACGCCACGAAACCUGCCGAUCCCAGUCCUCUGGAGAACGACGAUCACGUUCGAGCUCGAUGUACCGCCGUGGUCGAAGCCGGCGCAGUGGCGACAUUGACCAAGUUGAAUAAAGGCAGAUCUCCAGCCGCAGCUCAAUUGACCGACCGGAUCCUUCUGGCAUUAUCCAAAAAUCCAAAGGACAGAGGCAAGAUCGCGCAACAGGGAGCAGUCAAGCUAUUGGUGUCUCAUGCCCAGAAGAACCUUGAGUCGUCGGAAGUCGACAACAACAACAACACUGACGCCGCUCACGCGCUAGCCAGGGUAUUGAUAUCCUUGAAUCCAGCACAUGUAUUCGCACCCGGAACCACGCCGGACAUGACAGAAGCAGUGCCCCCCUUGGUGGCAUUACUGAAAUCCUCCAAAAGUGAAGGACUAACUAACCAACCGCGCGACCUACUGCCCGUCUUUGAAAGUUUACUCGCCCUGACCAAUCUCGCAUCGGCGCCGGAACCCUAUGCAGCCAACAUGAUCAUCAAGUCUGCAUGGGACGACAUUGAAGAUUUGUUGUUGGGAAACAACAACAUGCUGCGCCGCGCCGCGUGCGAGCUCAUCUGUAAUUUGACCACCAUAGCCGCUGGCGCCGAGAAGUUUGCAGAUGGCUCGAAACGCGCCAGCACCCGUCUUCAUAUCCUGGUCGCGAUGGCUGAUGUCGAUGAUCUCCCUACGCGACGAGCGGCGGGCGGUGCCCUCGCCAUGCUUACGGAGCAGUUUCCUUUGCCUGUGGGAUCGGCUUUGUUGGAUUUGGAGCGUGGGCCGGAGAUUGUUCUGGAGUUGUGUCGAGACGAGGAUGAUCCGGGUGUCGUUCAUCGAGGGCUGGUUAUUGUCAGGAACUUGUUGUGUGCGCCUGAUGAUGAAGAGCAUGCGGCGCAGCUUGUUCAAAGAGCCAAAGACGCGUUUAUCAAGGCCGGUGCUGUGGAGAAGCUGAAGAGUUGUAUGAGGAAGGUUCGGGAUCCUGCUUUGCUUCAGAUUGGGGUUGAGGCUCUGAAGGUCUUGGUUGAUAAUGGUCCUGGCACCGGCAGCGGCACUGGCAAUGACGCGCUGUUGACGACGGCAACAACGGCGAAACAGCAGUGA